AGCUGCACCCCGUGUGCUGAGCUCCCUGAAGUCUGGGCAGGUCUACAAGCCUGGGCCCGGUCUCAUCUGAAGAGGGAGGAGGCGGAGAUCAUACUCACAAUUUGUUUUUCUCAAGCCAUCUUGUGAUUCUUACAUACUUGUUUCUGUAUACUUCCAAACAGUAAAGAUGGGCAACCGGGUCGCCCGUGAGGACUACGAAUGGGUGUAUACGGACCAGCCCCAUGCAGACAGGAGAAAAGCGAUCCUGGCUAAAUACCCUGAAAUCAAGUCGUUGAUGGGUGCUGACCCGAGGUUGAAAUGGAUUGUGUGCAUGAUGGUGGUGAUACAGUUUUUAGCUUUCUACCUGGUCAAAGACUUGGACUGGAAAUGGGUUUUGUUUUGGACCUAUGCCUUUGGCAGCUGUAUCAAUCAUUCAAUGACCCUUGCUAUUCAUGAGAUCUCCCACAACGCAGCCUUUGGAAACAACAAGGCCAUGUGGAAUCGCUACUUUGCCAUGUUUGCCAACCUGCCUAUCGGCCUGCCGUACUCUGCCUCCUUCAAACGCUAUCAUCUGGACCAUCAUCGCUACCUUGGUGGAGACGGUGUCGAUGUAGACAUCCCUACUGAGUUUGAAGGCUGGUUCUUCUGCACACGCUUCCGCAAGUUCAUCUGGAUUAUUCUGCAGCCACUUUUCUAUGCCGUCCGGCCCCUCUGCAUCAACCCCAAACCCAUCACUCAGCUGGAGGUGAUCAACCUGGCAAUCCAGCUCACCUUUAAUAUCCUGCUCUACUGGGUGUGGGGGGCCAAGUCUGUGGUCUACAUGCUGGCUGGUUCCUUGUUGGGGAUGGGCUUGCACCCCAUCUCUGGUCACUUCAUUGCUGAGCACUACAUGUUCCUCAAGGGCCAUGAGACCUACUCCUACUAUGGCUCCCUCAACCUGCUAACCUUCAAUGUGGGCUACCACAAUGAGCACCAUGACUUUCCCAGCAUCCCAGGACGCAGGCUGCCUAUGGUGAAGAAAAUAGCAGCUGAGUAUUAUGACGAGCUGCCUCAGUACACGUCAUGGAUGAAGGUCCUGUACGACUUCAUCAUGGACGACGCACUGAGCCCGUACUCUCGAGUCAAGAGGAAGCUGAAGGGUGACGUCAAACAGGAGUAACAUCACUGAAAGCAGCAGUUUCCACCGUGACAGCAGCCCCACUCACCGUCCUAUUAACUUAACAGCUUCUGCGGAUUAAUACAUUCAACAUGUGAAAUCAUGGUGGAGAUUGUAUACAGUAGUCUUGGUUUGUGCUUUUGCUCCAGAGGAAUAGGAAAUGGUUUCAGGUAUUUGUUAUCCAGGUAAGAAAAACCAAAAGAAGUGAUGUGAGAUUAAAAAU